AGCUGCAGCCACCAUGACAAAGGGACCUGGGGCCUCGGUCUACAUGCCUCCAGAAGCCAGUGCUCCUGCUAAAUCGAAUGCCCAAAAGUCAAAAUACGAUUCCAGUAUCGAUGUAUUCUCUCUUGGAGUAGUUGCCAUUUUCACAAUCGGUGAGGUCUUCCCCUGUGAUCCUCUAGAGCCCAACUAUCUCAAUGAUGAAACUGGGUUGCUAGUAGCUCGCACUGAACUACAGCGACGCAGCGAGUACAUGCGACACGUGAACGAGCAACUCCGUGCCUGUGGCCAGCUGCGUGGCGACCACCCUCUCAUUCGGCUGAUCCAGCAAUGCCUGCACAACGGUCCUCACAAACGUCCGAGCAUUCGUGAGGUGCUGCGUCUGUUGGAAGAGGCCAGAGCUGGAGCCAGAGACAGCGGAUGGGAAGAGGUGCAAGCUGCUCAGACUCAGCCCAGGAGCCAGAGUUUGGAGAGAGAUCUGCAGUCUCAUGUGCAGGAGCUACAUCAACAGCUGCAGUCCAGGAACCAGGAGAAUGCAGAUCUCCACUCAAGCGUGCAGGAACUACACUUCAGGAAUCAGGCCAAGGACAGGGAGCUCGCUGAGGCUCAGCAGCAAUUGAGACAGAAGGAAGAAGAGCUGGCUAGACAAGGAGCAGAGCUGACAAGAGCAGAGGAGACUACCAGG